CCAUAUCCGGAGUGCGCAUGGCUUCACACAUGCAGAACGACAGCAGCUCAGCCUCAGCCGGCUUCCAGCCGGUCUUUAAAUCGUUCGCCACAGAUGCGAUCCACGUUGGUUCAGAGCCGGAGCAGUGGAACUCUAUGGCCGUAGUGCCUCCCAUUUCACUGUCUACCACCUUUAAACAGCACGGUCCGGGGAAACAUGCGGGUUUUGAGUACAGCAGGAGUGGAAAUCCCACAAGAAACUGUCUUGAGAAAGCAGUUGCUGCUUUGGAUGGUGCACAAUACUGUCUCGCUCUUGCCUCUGGAUUGGCUGCAACUUUGACCAUUACACAUCUUUUUAAGGCCGGAGAUGGAAUUCUGUGCAUGAAUGAUGUUUAUGGAGGAACUAACCGAUAUUUCAGGAAAAUUGCUGCAGAAGUUGGCCUUGAUGUCUCAUUUGCUGACCUCACGAAGCUAGAGGAGCUAAAAGCAGCUUUAAAACCGAAUACAAAGAUGGUGUGGAUUGAAACGCCCACAAACCCUACUAUGAAGGUCGUGGACAUUCAGGGCUGUUCAGAUAUUGUCCAUGAGCACAACAAGGACACAAUUGUUGUUGUGGACAACACUUUCAUGUCAGCCUACUUUCAGCGCCCUCUUGCACUUGGAGCAGACAUCUGCAUGUACUCUGCAACAAAAUACAUGAAUGGACACAGCGAUGUUGUCAUGGGGUUGAUGUCUCUCAGCCGUGAGGACCUCUAUGAACGCCUGAAGUUUUUGCAAAAUGCACUUGGGGCCGUUCCCUCUCCAUUUGACUGUUAUAUGUGCAACCGGGGUCUGAAGACACUGCACCUGAGAAUGAAGCAGCACUUUAAGAACGGACUGGCAGCGGCACAGUUUCUAGAGGCCGACCCAAGAGUGGACAGAGUCAUCUUCCCAGGUCUUCCAUCUCACCCUCAGCACGAGCUGACAAAGAGACAGUGCACAGGCUGUCCUGGGAUGAUCACUUUCUACAUUAAAGGAAAACUGGAGCACGCCUCAACUUUCCUCAGCAAUCUGAAGUUGUUUGCGCUUGCUGAAAGUCUUGGUGGUUAUGAGAGUCUAGCAGAGCACCCAGCGAUUAUGACUCAUGCUUCAGUUCCUGAGAAUGAGAGGAAAAAGCUGGGAAUCAGUGAUACACUCAUUCGUCUGUCGGUGGGCCUGGAGGAUGAGGAAGAUAUUAUUGCAGACCUAGACCAAGCCCUCGGUGCUGCACAUCCAAAAAAGUAAGAGACUGAUCAAGAUCAAUCAGGAACAGCAGUGAUGCCACAUGUGGAUGAGACGAGGACACGUCUCUUUUUUUUUCUG